CUUGAUCAGCGAGCUCAACGAUGACUUGCUCGUGCGCGCCCUCGAGAUGCUGCCCGACGCGAGGGACGCCGUGCGCACCCACGCGCUCUCGCGGCGGUGGCGCGCGCUCUGGACGCGCGUCGCCGCCCUCCGCUUCGACUCCAACAGAUGGCGGCGGGAGUUCAGGGAGCCCGGCGGCCCCGGGCGGUUCGUCGCCUUCGUCGACCACGCCCUCGCGCACCGCGCUGCCCAGAAGGAGCCCGCGCUCGAGCACCUGGAGAUCUCGUUCGACAUGGUCGAACCCCGAGAAGAAGCAUCAUCAUCAAAGGCUUUAAAGCAGCCGGUGCCUCCGUCGGUCAUCGAAGCCGCGCAGGGGUGGAUCCAAUACGCUAUGCAGCACGCGGUGAAAUCUUUAAACUUCAAGUUGAUUCUGCCGUCGCCUUCCAUUAAACAACCCGACGACUACGACACUUACUACAGUAGGCAUCCUGUGAUGAUCCUUGACGAGCUAGUAAGCUCCGCGAAGCUGGAGACCAUGCGCUUGAACUUGAGUUCCGUCAGACUUCGGCUGCCCUCGACACAAGCGUUCGCGUCCCUCACGGAUCUCUCACUUGAAAACAUGAUGCUUGAAGCUGGUGGCGCCCGCCUGCUUGCCCGCCUCGUGUCGUCGGCGUGUUGCAAAAUUUCUCUGACUGACUCAUCCACAUGCAUAUAGUAGAGAUUUAGUUCUGUUGGUUGACAAUGUUUAAUUUGUUUACCACUUCUAUUAUUAUUUUUCGAUUUUUUGACCUUACUUAAUUUGAUCAAGCAAAGCAGCAAGACGUUGACAUAAUCAAAGGUUCGGUUCCGCAGCUUCCUCAUGUGGCAUCCUUGAAAAUUCGUUUCACACUAUGGGAACGACGUUGUUCCUAUGCAGUUGGCAUAGCAAUAGCAAGUCUCCUUGCACAAUGCAGUAGUAUUAGAUACCUCAGCCUAAAUUUUUGCUGCAGGAAGAAUGACCCAGAAUUGGAUCUCUCGUGUGAUAACUCGGCCCCCAGCUGGGAAUCCCACGAGCUCUCCUUACCUCAUCUCCAGGUGGCAGAGUUCGAGAAGUUGAUGGGAAUUGAUGACGAACUCCAGUUCAUUCAGUUCAUACUGACAAGGGCCUCAGGAAUCCAGAAGGUAGCCUUUAGUUUCGACAGAAAAUACUGGCCAAAAGGCGGACAAGAUGGUUUUCUACUUAUGCCACCUCUAGCCGGUGGGUCCUGGACUACUUGGAAUACUGACGCUAAUUUGCCGUCCAACGAAUUGUCAACUGGAGGCGUUAUGCAUGCAGAAUGGAGACCGGCAGUAGAGAUCCAAGUUCUUGAACAGUUUGCACCACACAUGUUAAAUUAAAAUAAUCGUUUGCAUCUUAUUCCUAUUUUCCUCGUUGGCCAUCCUCCCUUGCGUUAGAGGGGCAUUCUAGCAGGAGAACUAUUGCAACCUGCAGUUACACACUGUACGUGAAUCUUCAGGAAAUAUGAGCAGAAUGUCCCUAAUUUAUUAGAAGUUCAUUGUAUUAUGCUAUUUUUGCUUGAUGUA